GCCGUUGCGUUUACCCCAAUUCCAGUACUCAUCCCUUCCAUGUAUAUUUACUCCUGUAGGCGCUCUAACGGUUGAAUGUUGGUCGAUUACGUAUUGAUCAGAGAUGGAGUUGUCACAUCUUUGCAAAGCACACGUUGUGCUUCCUUCUAUUGCAAUCACGAUACUCCUGUGGUUUCUAAAAAGCAUCAAAGUCUCACAUCAUGAGAAACUCUUGAAAUCUAGCCCUUCGGUUGGACUUGGAACUACAUGGCUCUCAUGGCCGUUCGCCUUGCUCAAAUCCCUGACCAGGACAAGAGAAUUAGUCUUCCAGGGCUACUCAGAUUUCUCUAAGUCUAAUCGCUUCUUCGUUCUUCCAACAAUCGACCGUGGCGGGUUACUGGUGAUUCCACCUCGCCAAAUCAAGCGGCUCUAUGGACUGCCGGAAGAUGUCCUCGACGUAAAAACAACAGGAAACAACACGAUCCAAACCCGGUGGACAGUCUGGGAUGACGAAGUCGCUGAGAACAACUUCCAAAUGAAUGUUAUUCGCCAUCAAAUAACUCGCAAUCUCAACAUCCUAACCCCACCUAUUGCCGAGGAGCUUGCGAAAGGAUUUGAUCGUGAAUGGGGAACUGACACGAAGAGCUGGAAAACAAUCAGCGUAUGGACCUCAGCAUUGCGACUUAUUGCUGGCGCUGCAAACGGUGCCUUCUGUGGAGCUCCUUUAUGCCGCAAUGAAGAUUUCCUGACCAGACUUCGGGAUCACGCUAUGUGCGUCUUCGCUGGCGCUCUUAUCAUCAAUUCAACUCCUGGGCCGAUAAGAUGGAUCAGUGGUUACCUGAUAGGAUGGACUAGCUACUUCCUCUUCCUUAGGGUUUGUCGAGUCUGUCUGCCAUUCGUCAAGCAGCGGCUUGAGAAUACGGCAAAGUUGAGACUUGAUCCGACUUUCCCCUGGACACCGCCGGAAGAUGGGCUUCAAUGGAUAAUUGACGAAUGUUACGCAACCAACGAGCCCGCGCAGUUAGAUCCGGUGAGGGUGACGCAUCGUCUGGUUUUCAUGAACGACAUCUCAAUGCACUCAACAAGCUAUACGGUACAGAAUGUCAUUCUUGAUCUGGCAGCAGCAGACCCAUCUCUUGGUCAUAUUGAAUCUCUACGGGAAGAGAGUGCCAGAGUUCUGAAAGAGGCUGGAGGGUCAUGGACUCGUCAAGCUGUGACGAAGCUGAAGCUUGUCGACUCGGUCGUGCGCGAAUCGAUGCAUCUUUCCCCAUUCAACAGUGUUGGGCUUCCCCGGACUGUGAUUGACCCGCAUGGAGUCACCGUACAGCAAGGCGAAUCAAUUUGGAACAUUCCCCAAGGCACCAUUCUGACGAUCCCCGUAGAACCCAUCCACUACGACGACUCGAUCUAUCCAGGUGCGAAGCAAUUCCAGCCUUUCCGUUUUGCCCAGCCUGGCGCUGUGCGUGAUAUUGUUGAUCAUGCCGUAGAAGCGUCUGCAAGCGAAAGUGGACAUGAGACGAUGGCCAAGGGGCUAGCGCCUUCGACACCCGGAUUCAACUCAGAACAGAAACAGAGCGCCACUAUUGACGAUGCGUUUCUUGGAUUCGGGUUCGGCAAGCACGCAUGCCCUGGCAGGUUUUUUGCCUUGAAUGAAGUUAAAAUCUUCGUUGCUCACAUGGUUUUGCAUUACGACAUAGAGCACUUGAAAGAAGGCAGAGCACGGAUGACACCACUGAUUUGGUUAAAUAUACCGUUGUUUAACAAUAUCAACGUAAGGGUACGACGGAGAGAGCCUGUUUACUAAUCUUACGAAAGGCGAUGUUAUUUGAAGAAUGAAUCCUUCCUUAGAUGGAGUGUUUACGCUGAGAGUUUUUCUCUUUCUUUUUUUACAGCUAUGUGGUAGGUAUUCUAGGUACCUAGUCUGGGUGUUGAAAUCGUUCUUACUCCGAGUAUGACCCUGAGAUUACGAGUGUAUUGUAUCAAAAGUGGUCUCAUCAAAAUGCUUAUAAAAAUGUUUCCCAUCGCCGUAGUCUUUCCCAGUUUGGCGUUAAAGUCGUGUAUGGUUAUAUCUUAGAGGAAGUUUACGAAAAAAUUUAAAAUGGAG